AUGGACAAGUUCCUUGCGACUCUAAACAAACUACAAGAUGUCUUCACAGCAUCAGGAGUAUCAUGCAAGGACAUAGACCUCCCCCAGAUCGUAGUAGUAGGGAGUCAGAGUGCUGGCAAGAGCAGCGUCCUGGAGAGUAUCGCUAAACAGAACUUCCUACCUCGAGGAUCUGGGAUUGUUACAAGACGACCUCUAGUCCUGCAGAUGAUAAAGGAAGAUAAGGGGAUGGAGAUAGAAGGGGAGAUGAGACAUACUUGGGCUAAAUUCUUACAUUCCGAAGAUAAGGUCUUCACUGAUAUGGAGAGGGUUCAAGACGAGAUUAUAGCGGAUACUGACAGGAUAUGUGGUAAAGAUAAGGGCAUCAAUGAAAAGGCCAUACACCUGAAGUUACACUCCACAAAAACACCCUCUUUGACUUUAGUUGAUCUGCCUGGGCUAACUAAAAUAGCAAUUGGGGACCAGCCUAAAGACAUAGACCGUAAGAUUGAGAAAAUGGUGCUUUCUUACAUCAGCCGGCCAAACAGCAUAAUACUGGCUGUUUCUCCAGGGAACGUGGAUAUUGCCAACUCUGAUUCCUUGAAACUGGCGCGGGAAGUCGAUCAAAGUGGGUCUAGGACCCUGGCUGUUGUAACUAAAUGUGAUCUCAUGGAGCGAGGUAAAGAAGCUCAUGAGGUUUUAGAAGGUAGCAAGGUUGGUAUGAAGUUAGGUUUGAUUGGGGUGAUAAACAAGAAUAACAAGAUGCUGGAGAUGAAUGUUCCUGUUGAAGAAGUCAUGGAGAUGGAGGAGCAGUAUUUCCAGGAGACGUUUCCUGAUCUAGCAGACAGAAUGGGAACAAGAUAUCUCAGCAGCCAGCUCUGUGACAUCCUCAUCAGUCAUCUGAAGAAGGUACUACCGGAGGUCUCAGAGAAGAUAACCGAGCAACGAGCGAAACACAGGUCUAUUCUAGAAGAUGUAGGGGAAGAGUCCGUGGAUCCAAGACAAGCUCUGGUCUCUUUAAUCAGUCAGUUUACAGAAGCUAUUACUCAAUCUAUGGAUGGAAAGUUCAGCUAUUCGGAAGAUGACGCCAGCGAAACGGCCAGAGGACGCACAAAAACAGGGACAUUUUCUGCAGGAGCUGAACUUUUCAAAGUUUUCAAAGCCGAGUGCAUUGAAAGAUUGUCAAACAUAAAAGCGGAUAAAGGUCUUGUCAACAUCAAGGAACUAAUAGAAAACACCGGUGGAAUUCAACCAGCCCUUUUCAUUCCUGAUGGAGUGUUCAACAGCCUGGUUUCAAAGCAACUCAAGUUACUAGACAAUCCUGCCACUAGUGCCAUUGAUAAGUCUUACGGAAGCCUUAAGAAAUCACUGGAGCUCAUCGCAAUUAGAACCUUGGGGAGACAUCCCACACUUGCAUCAGAGGUUACGCAGAUCUGUAACGAAAUACUCGUAGAUCAGAUGAAAGAAACAAAAACUUUCAUCAAGCAAUACCUCGCGAACGAGCACGCUUACAUAAACACGAACCACCCUGAGUUUAUUGAAAGAUACGAGGUUGCCGCUGAUAUGUUCAGAGGAUCUGCGGAGGCAAUGAAGUCAAAGCAAGCCACCGAGGCUAAAAAAGCUGAAAACUUGACAUACAUGAAGACACCAGGGUCCAACUCUACAGCAUUCGGCAAACUCAUGGGCAGAUACGCUGAAGGAGAGAAAACGACAACAGAAGCCAGGUCUAACAACGAAGCUGAACUCCUCCUCAAGUUGAUAAUCCAUUACUUCUGUAUUGUUAGAGGUCAGUUGGUUGAUGUACUCCUGAAAGCCAUUAUGAGGUACAUGGUAAAGGAUUUGACCACGAAUUUGCCCAACAAGCUGAUUAAAACCCUGUACACGACAGACGAGAGGAUUAAUUCCCUGGUACAGGAGUCAGAUCAGGUCGCCAGAAAGCGCAAGUCUUCUCUAAGAUGA